UUACAAGUUAUCUCUGAAUCCAUGGAGUACAUACCAUGAACAAAGCUCACACUCCCAAGUUGAAAAAAUUUAUGGACAAGAAGUUAUCAUUGAAAUUAAAUGGUGGUAGACAUGUCCAAGGAAUAUUUCAGGGAUUUGAUCCCUUUAUGAAUCUUGUGAUAGAUGAAUGUGUUGAGAUGGCAACUAGUGGACAACAGAAUAUCGGAAUGGCGGUAAUACAAGGAAACAGUAUCAUGUUAGAAGCCUUGGAACGAGUAUAAACAAUGGCUGUUCAGCAGAGAAAUCCAUGUCCCCUCUCCAAAGGGCCUGUUUUACUAUGAUGUCAAAAUCAGGUCAUGUACUUUUUCAUAUUAAGCUUUUUGUUAAA